ACAGCCUUGAAAAAAAAAACACCUUACUCUCCUAAAUAGUGCACAAAACACUUGAAUGCAUGCCAUCAUUUUUCUACAUCAAGAUACAAGCUAGAGCCUGAGUUUUCAGCCAAGAUGAGAUUAGCCCUACACACUAUCAUCUGCUGCUGUGUUUUCACCACCGUCCUGCCACUGGUGAAAGAUGCCACUGAGGAGCUCAACUCCAGCCUAAAAAAAAGGUUUAAAGUAUGGUUGCAGAGCCAUGCAAAGAGAGACCUGGGCAGCAGCUUAGUCACAGCCAAUGAGCAGAUCUCUGACGUCCAUGUUGGACCACAACAGGGCGAGAACGCCAAAACUGCCUCAACUCAAUUAAGCUUUGGGUUAAAUGGCAGAUCCAGGAGGUCAACAUCAUCGAAACAAUCCAGCUGCCUCUUAGUCACAUGUGUAUACCACGACCUGUUCCACAGACUACAUAAGAUUAAGAACAGCCAAAGAGACACCAAUGCCCCUGAGAACAAGAUUGGCGCGAAAGGCUAUGGGCGGCGGCGGCGGCGCUCACUCCUGUACGUCACUCAACCUGCCCUCCAUGUGGGAAGACUGGCCACUGAAGCUGGUCAGCAAGUCUGCAGAUACAAUAGUGUAUGCACAGUGGCCUAGGACGUUCAUGGAAAGGGAGGAGGAGGAGGAUCCUUGUUUUUUGUUCACAACAGACAAAGAUAAUUCUCCUAUGAGGUUACAUUCUACAGAUUUACAACUAGCUAUGCAGAAAGAACGGCUGCUACAUCUGUACUGCCCAUUAUAGGAAACUCAUGAUACUCUAGAAGAAAGCGAGACUCUAAUAAUAAAUACUGAGAAGCUUGUGUUCGCAUGCUUUCCUGCAGGUUUCAGUGUGUCUGAACGAGUGUGAGAUUUAUGGAUAAUUUCAAGUCUGACCUGUGGGACUUGACAAUAAUGUCUGUCUCUUCUUCAAUUUCCAAAGUCAGCUUGGUAGCUGAGAUAGAGGACAAUUCCUUAAGAUCUUCUCAGAAAUAUCCAUGAACCGAAGAGGAACCGAGGC